GUAAGCAGAAAAAAAGUGCUAGCUUCUGCAAUCCAAUUAUUGAUCUUCAAAGCAUAUAGGAUGUAGGGACCUAAACAGGGUAUAUGCAACAUCUUGUCAAGAAAAAAUGAAUCCAAUGUAGCUAAUGAUUCCUAGGCUCCUGUACUGACUUUGCAUGUGAAUUUUGAACAUUAAAUACACCUGAGAAUCAGGCCAUAUGUACCCAUUUCAACAUCAUUGAAAAAACAGCAGCCCUUUUAUUCACGAGCUUCUUUAACAACCUUAUUAAAUGAUUUCCAUGUUCAAAACAAAGCUAGCCCUUUAUCAUAUGUAUAUAUAGCUAGCAACCCUUCUCUUGAUUUUUCUUUUUUUCUCUAUCCAUUUAUAUUUUUUUGCAGAAAAAUGGGGGCUCACCAUACAAAGGAUCAAAGGGUACUGAGAAAUGAUGCAGUAGAAGGGCUUAAACAGAAGGUUAUGCUUCUUCAAGAAGAAGUGAAUGAGAUAAUGUGCAUGAGGGAUGUUGAGAUCCAAGCUUACGAGCGCGAAAUGAUGGUUUUCGCGUUCAAAGAAGCCGAGUGGAAGAAAGAAAACAGGAAGUUGAAAGAGGAAGUCAAGAAGCUGAGAAAGAGGUUGGAAGAUUACAGAGAAGAAGGGCUCAAAGGGAUGGAACUUCAUGAGUUGUUAAAGGGAGGAAAGCUUAGUAAUGGUAAAGAUUGGGUUUUUUUGGGGCCUGAUUUCCUUUUGGACCAGGUUAGGAGAGAUGAUGCUGUGGAGAAGUGGAAGCAGCUGUAUUUUGCAAUCAAGGUUGAGCUUGAUGAUCUUAUUCAGAGAACAAACAAAGGGGAAGGACUGUGUUGGAAAGCUGAAACAGAAGAAAUGUUGGAGGAACUAAGAAAGGAACUGAUGAAUAAAGAAAAGACUAUAUCAUUUCAGCAAUGUGAGAUUGCAACAAUGAAGCAAGAGGAGAACAAGAGGGAAAGGGAGAUUGACAUUCUUAGGCAGAGUUUGAAAAUUAUGUGCCACAAUAAGAAAGGGAAAAAGAAUUCCUAAAAAAAGAAUUUAGAGAUGCAAUACAAACUGUGAGAUUUUUCCAGACUAUUGUGCAUAUCUGUGCUCAAGCAGUAGAUUUUUGUUCUUUUUGUAUCACAGAGCAACUAAUCUAUGACCAACCUAAUAUUGCAUAGUGAUCUAAACAGAAAAACAAAGACAAGUGAAUGAAGGAAAUCAAGCCUGCUAGUUUAAAUGAUUUAUUGUUG